UUAUCUUAUUGGUAUUUCUAGCUACCAGUGUAAAUGAUGCUGUUAUCAAACCAAGUGAUAACCAUGCWGCUAGAAAACAGUGGGGACAACAAAAGACCCAAGUUGUCUCUGCACUGGAAAAAAUCAAAUUACAAACUGCKACAUCUACAAUCGUUGGRCGUGAUGAAAGUGAUGCAGCUGGUGUUGGUCAAACUAUAACCAUUUCCAAGUCACAGCCAUCCAGCCCUGGUAUUGGUCAGACUAUUACCGUUUCUAAGGAAACUACACCUGGUGGUCUUCCUGUGGUUGGUCAAACAAUGACUGUUUCUCCARGUCCUACAGGUAGCCCACAGACUGUUAUACUGAGAAAAGAUGCAUUGAAGACUGUGACGGAGGAGUGYGAGGAGACCAAAGCACCUGUGAAGGCCUGGGAAGACAAACCUAUCUCUCCUAAUGGUGCAUCGGAGUCACCAGCUGAUUCUAAUAAGAAAGAACAUGAAUCCAAUAARCCUACCAGUCCUAGAGAAGCCUAUGAACAGUUUCUUAAAUCUUCAACAAAUGAACAAAAAUCUGAUCAACAGCAGCAACCAUUAUUUAAUAAAGUAGAGCCCAAAGCUGAAAGUGCCAGCUCWGAAAAAAGCAAUGACUUGCAAGUUGAGGAUUUAUCAGUUGACGAGUCSUCAUUCCAUACUGCUGAUGGAUCUCCAGAUAAGACCUCUCGUACAAAUUUAUUAAAAACUGGAAUAUAUGAUACCAAUUCAAAGCAUUUACGCACCUGUUCAAUGCCAGACCUACGUCUUCUGUUUGCAACACCUGUAAAAGAUGCAGCAGCAUUGGAUGGAGAAGAUGACGAAAAUACUGAAGAUAAUGAUGAAGAGGAUGAAAAUGUGGAAGAUGAAAAUGUGGAAGAUGACAAUGAAGAAGACAAUGAUGACGACAAUGAUGGUGAUGAUGAUGAUGAUGGUGAUGACGAUGAGUUCAAUGAGGACGAGGAAGAAGAUGAACUCCAAGGAAGGUAGUUAACCAGGAUUACAAACAGUCUCCUCACAGUCAUGAUUUGGCUCAUUCCCAUGUCUCCUCACUUGUAAAUUUGUUUUAGGAAAGUACAUUAAUUA